GUUGGGUUGGGUCUUAAGGAAAAACCUUUCAUGUAACUAUUUAAAAGGAUUGGAACGAAAUUGAAACAAAGAAAAAAGAAAAUGGGUGAAAUUGGAAUAAAAUCAAAAUUUAGAUACGGAAAAGUAAUUAGCUCUCCCCAUGUCUUUCUGGCCAUAUCAUCAAUCGAGAGGAAGCUGCAGCAUCAUCAGAUCUGAGAAAGUAUGUCUGGUUCGGCGAUGGUGGGAGAUUCAAGCUCCUGGUCUAGAGCGCUCACCCAGAUUUCACCCUACACUUUCUCCGCCGUCGGCAUCGCCAUCGCAAUCGGCGUCUCAGUCCUUGGCGCCGCAUGGGGGAUUUACAUAACUGGAAGUAGUUUGAUUGGUGCCGCAAUCAAGGCUCCUCGUAUCACUUCCAAGAAUCUAAUCAGUGUCAUCUUCUGUGAAGCUGUUGCUAUAUAUGGUGUUAUUGUCGCAAUCAUUUUACAAACAAAGUUAGAGAGCGUUCCAACAGCACAGAUUUACGCACCAGAGUCUCUUAGAGCAGGAUAUGCAAUCUUUGCCUCUGGGAUUAUUGUUGGCUUUGCAAACCUUGUUUGCGGAUUGUGUGUAGGAAUUAUUGGAAGCAGUUGUGCAUUAUCUGAUGCCCAAAACUCCUCACUAUUUGUGAAGAUUCUUGUGAUUGAGAUCUUUGGAAGUGCACUUGGAUUGUUUGGAGUGAUUGUUGGAAUAAUUAUGUCAGCACAAGCAUCAUGGCCUUCAAAAACAACCUGAGUUGUUCUGAUCAAAUAAUGGCUCUUGAAUGCAAUAUGGUUUAUGUAAUUGAAAUGAACUUUGUUAUCUUCCUUUUUUUCUUUGUUACUUCCCCUCCCUCCAUUGCCUUUUUGGUGUGUGUAUGCGUGUACUGCAUUUGUUCAUUAGGAAAUAAAGUUUUUAGCAGAAUCAGAGUUAGAUGUAUGGUUGAGGGCAUCAUUUUGUAUGUGGUAUUUUGUCUAUCAACCAUUUUGUAUGUGGUAUUUUACUUCCUGAGGUUUGAACCUUGA